AUGCCCAAACUUGCUUUCUUUUUCUACACCACACUCGUUCUUUCCUUGGUCAUUGCCUCAGACGCAAAAGCAUUCGACCCGAAUCAUCAACUCAGCCACAACCGCUUCCUCAAGAAGCGAGCACCGGCUCCCCAGACCGGUGGUUUCACUCCUUUUGGUCCCACUGUCAUCGGAGCAGGGGCUAAUCCUCUGACUCCAACCACUCCUGCAGCAACGCAGGCCGCGUCAACGGCGACCACAGCUGAUAGCACAUCCAUAUCUUCUGUAUCCUCUUCAUCCUCUUCUCCCACUUCAAGUUCCGUUGGGACAGUGCAAAGUUCAGUCAGUCAAGCUUUACCGACGACGACGAGCUUGACUUCUUCAUCGACAUCUUCAUCCUCUACCUCCUCGACGAGCAUUCAAUCAACAUCGUCAACACCAUCGACCACCCAAAUUGUUCAAUCUAGUCCUCCUGCAACUGCUGCUGCACCUGCACAGGAGGGCUCUCCCACCUCCCAGUCAGUCGUACUUAUCACCAACACUGCUUCUUCAACCGCAAGUGCAAGUGCCACACCAUCUUCCUUGUCUUCCUCUUCUGCCGGUAUCACGCACGCUGCCCUCAUCGUCCUCAUUGUCAUUGCUGCAAGUGUCGGUGGUUCCAUCAUCAUCUGGACCAUCAUUCGCAAGUGGAAGUUUGGCAAAUCUUCCAGCUUCGAUGGCCGCAUGCAGCCCAUUGACUGGCAGCCGAGUAACGACAUGGAUGAUGAUGGUGGUAUUCCCGGUCGUAACCGCCGUAACUCCACCGCAUCAUCGUUUCACUCUGGCUCUGGCCAUGCUGGCAUUGGUGCAACGACGCUCAGCCCAAUCCCUGACCAUGAUUUUACUGCAGGGCCUGUCAACCUCGCACCUGUUGGCGGUUAUGCUGACCUUGCGCGUGGUCCCAGUCCUCAGCCCAUGAUGCAUGAACUCGCGCGCGGUCCGAGUUUCAACGCACGUCAGUAUCAGUCUGAUCAGUAUGGCGUUCCGCUUCACCAUGGCGCGUACGCUACGCACGGAUACUAA